AUGUUGGAACACUCACUGGACGACAUCGAGAAUUGGUUGACAUUAAUAGUAAAAUCCUUCGAUGCCACCGCCUACGCUCCGCAAAUCGGAUGCAAGGAGGAAGAGAAGGUUAUGUUCUGGCAGGAGCUUGACGAUUACAUCACAUUCAUACCACAAGAUGAGAUACUCCCGCUCGGAGCAGAACUGAAGGGUUAUGUAGGGGAGAAAAGAAAUGAUGGUGUGGCGUUGAUGGCAGAAAACAGAAAAGAACUUGAAGAAGAAACACAGAGAUGGAAGGAUCAAUUAGGAUCUUACGGCUUGAAGCUCAACACAAAGAAGACAGAAUAUAUGGAAGUGGGAGGUAAAACUUCAGAAACAUAUACAUCGAUGAGAAGCCAAUCAAGAAAUCGAGUACCUUUAAGUACCUAGAA